AUGUUUAUCACUACCGGCGGCAAUGUUGCCCCACAGAGUCCCCCCCUGGUCGUCCCCUCGGGCCCGGUUUCCCCCAUCUCUCCGCUCCCCGUGCCCCCGCCCAGCAUCAUCAUCCCUCCGCGCGAGCUCGCGCAGUCCGCCGCGUAUGCCGGCGGAGCUCGCGGAGCGUUUGCGCAGAAGCGCGGCGGGGUAGAGCAGCCGUCGGGGCUUCCGCCGUCGCUUCCGCCGUCGCUCGUUCAUUGGCCUCCCGUGGCAGCAGCCGAAAAUGUCCCCGCUCAGGCGCACUCGGAGUUCCCCCUGCGGGGAGGACGCCCCGGGGGGAGGGGUAACGAUCUGGGAGCAGUGGCAGGCGCUGGGGGGAUGGGGGCGGAAGGCGGAGGGGAAUCAGGGGAAUUCUCUGCUUGCUUACUCCUGCUUACUCCUGCUUACUCCUUUGACUCAGGAGUAGCUGCUCUGCUUCCCUCCCUUCUCUCUUCCCCCCUCUCACACGCCUUUUUCUGCCUACUGCCUUCCCACCACAUCCCACCACUUCCCUCGCACCAUCCACCCCCUCAUAUUCUCUCGCGCCUCCCCGCUUUUCCCGACCCUGCCAUUGUUCUCAAGCCUCCUGCUUUUCACGUGCCUACCACUUUUCUUGAGCCACCUUGA